CAUUAUGACUCUAAAGGUUUCCCAUCAGCUGGCAUUCUGCCAUUUCUGCAUUCGUUUCUUUGCUCGUUUUCCAACACAUGUCAUCGAUCGCCAACGACCGGUGACGAAAUGCAGUAUAUCCACAAUUCUACGGCGAAAAACGAAUCAAUAAUUGUUGAUCUCUUCUACUACUCGUCUCAGCAGCUGGAAUGGAUCGGUGAAAACCCGUCUGAGUUUUCGCAACUACUCGAUGCUUUCACUCGGGUUAUUAAAAUCCUUGCCCGGAUAAACAGCACGGCAGUCGAACUACCUCGACUUAAUCAGUUCUUUCAACCAUCGGUGAAUGUCGAACAGAACCUGGUGGAUUUGGGCCUGACUCGAAGUGCCUCAGCCGCUUUGGCCGGUUCCACAUUAACGCCGAAUUUCUUUUGGGAAAUGAUCAAUUAUGUUAGCGAAAUCCGCGCCCAAUCGACAGUUCUUCCAUUUCUGGCAUUUCAAACUGUCCCGAUACUUUGCAACGAGAUUAAAUUCAACAGCAGCUUCAUAUUACCACCUAAG